AUGGGAUAUGUUUUGGCCGUUCUCUAUGGCGGAGCUGCUGCCCUAGGGCUGGCCCUUUUAUUGCUGGCCUCCUGGAGCAUUUAUUACGAUUUCAUGCGGACCAAGAUCCCGCCGGGAUUGCGCCAGCCGUUUAAGUUGCAUCUCCUUCACGUGGGGAUCGUGAUGAUCUUCACCCUGGGGAAGGCCUUGGAGAUUUUGCGCCUGUGCAGGCAAGUCGUUUUUAUCCGAUUCCUGAUCACUUUGAAGAAAUCUAAGACCCAUCCAGGAGUUUCCGCCAAAGAUUUUGUCUUUGAUGAGAUCCCGGUCCGGGUUUAUUACCCCAAAACCUCCUGGGCUGGCCGGAGAAAAGGGUUCGUGUUCUACCACGGAGGAGCUGGCAUGAUCGGGAGCAUCCGUUACUACCAAGACAUCACCAGUAAAAUUGCCAAGGAGAGUGAAGCCGUGGUGGUCGUGGUUGGCUACCGCCUAUCCCCGGAGCAUCCCUUCCCCACUCAGUGGCAGGACUGUUUGGCUGCCACCGUGCACUUCAUGAAACACGCCGAGGAGCACGGCGUCGACCCUUCCCAGAUCGCCAUCGGGGGGGACAGCGCAGGAGGCAACUUCGCCACCGUAAUCUCACAAGUACUUCUCGGAUGCCCGGAUCUCCCCAAGCUUCGCGCUCAGGUCCUCAUCUACCCCGGACUCCAAGCGCUGGACUUCAACCUCCCGUCGUACCAGCAGAACGCGGUGGUUCCAAUCUUGUUCCGGGACAGCGUGGUGUACUAUGGACUGAAGUACUUCUUGAAAGAUCCCUCACUGGUCGACGAUAUCCUGAAGGGUUCUCAUGUGCCGGAUGCCUUUCGGCAGAAAUGCGAAAAGUGGCUCAGUCUGGACAACAUCCCAGAGAAAUUUAAAUGCCGCAAGUACGAGAGACGCCCGUUGGGUCCGUUCAAGCCGGAGAUCCACAACCAAGUGCCAUUUCUCCUCCAGACCACCUUUUCGUCGCUGUUUGUCGAAGAUGCUAUCUUGAGACAGUUCCCGGAGACUUUUAUCGUGAGUUGCGAGUACGACGUGCUUCGGGAUGACUCUCUGUUGUACAAGAAGCGGCUGGAGGAGAACGGAGUGAAGGUCACCUGGUUCCACGCCGAGCAAGGCUUCCAUGGGAUCAUCAAUCUCUGCAACAUGAACCUCGUCCAGUUUCCCGCGGGGGUGGAGAUACUGGAGAAGGUGGCCGACUUCGUCCACAGUUUAUGA